CCCAAAGUUGAAAGUUUUUACGGUGCACAACCAGGCUCCAAGAGUUGCUCCAACAUGGUAAAUUGUUUUGUUACCUUUAAAAUUAUCUACAGCUUUUGUCUCUGACUUAUAUGCUGUAUGUUUCUUGGCCCUAAUGAUUCUUUCCCUCCAUCCAAUAUCUUGCAUGCUUAAAUGUGUUCACUAACAAAAUAUAGUUCACCUGUAGUUGUUGAAGGUUCCAUUACUAAAACGUAUAAAUGAUCAAUGUGAACCAUAAAUCUGCUUAUUUCAUACAAUUUGUAUUAUUUAUUUAGAUUUGAUGUUUUGAUGUGAGCACUUGGAUUUCUAUCGAUUUAUUGAAUGAUACUCUAUGUAGAUAUUUAUCAAACUGAAUGGUCAUUCAAGUUUUAUAUAUUUUUUUUCUUUUCUUUCAAUGUUUGUUGCACAAAUUCAAAUAUAUGCUGGCUAUCAACCGACAAUUCAGUCAGUUAAUAUCAAUUAGUCACGGCCAUCAAUCAAUCAUCCGAUUAAAAUUUGACAGAAGGUGGUAUAUAUAGUCUCUCUUACAUAUAACAGCAACAUCCAAGUUUUACUUUUUGCUAUUUUAUUCUAAUUUCUUCUUGUCUGGGAUCUUCUUUAGGCAUCGUUGUUGUGGGAGUGAUCUUUGGCUCCAAGCGGAUGGGGAUCAAUCCUGAUAAUGUGGCCACGCCCUUAGCAGCCAGUUUUGGCGAUCUUAUCACGCUUUCCUUGUUGGCGUGCUUUAGUCAGUGGUUCUACUCCUUUAUGGAGUUUUAUCCGUAUGUGUUGUACCUGGUGGAUCUUCUGUAUUUGUGUCUGAUUCCCGUCUGGAUGGUGAUCUCCUCCAAACAUCCAGCCAGUCACAUCCUCCUCCGUUCAGGCUGGGAACCAAUCAUUACAGCCAUGGUCAUCAGCAGUAUUGGAGGGCUUAUUCUGGACAAGACUGUGUCAGAUCCAAACUUGAUGGGAAUUGUAGUUUAUGCACCGGUAAUAAAUGGUGUGGGCGGGAACCUGGUGUCUGUACAAGCCAGUCGGAUUUCAACUCAUCUGCAUUUGAAUUAUUCUCCUGGAGAGCUUCCUUUGGGCUCCAGAAGCUGUUUCAACCCCUUUCAAACCUUCUUUGGCUCAGGUGCACACCACCGAUCUGCUCAGGUUCUUCUCCUUUUGGUUCUUCCUGGUCAGCUGAUUUUUGUACACAUUAUUCAUGUGAUAAAAGGAGGCCUUACGAUGCCCAGUCUUCUCUUCACUGUAUUAUUCCUGUCUGCUUCUUUGACACAAGUCUUCUUGCUGCUUAUUGUUGCUGACUGCCUGGUCCACUGUCUGUGGAGGAGGGGCAAAGACCCAGACAGUUACGCCAUACCCUACCUCACAGCCCUGGGAGAUCUUCUGGGAACUGCUCUCCUCUCUCUUGCUUUUCUCUUGCUGUGGUGCAUUGGAGACUUAUGAAGUGUAUGGAAUAUAGAUAAUAACCAA